CCGGAAAUGGCUGCGCCAGGAGUAGCGGAGUAAAGGUUGUAGCUUAAGCUCCGGCGUGUUGGUGGAAGAACUGGAGAGCCCCGCUGCUGCUGGGAGGAGAGCAGCAGGUAAUGGCAUGCUAGAAAAGGGGUAAAGCAAAUGCCCUGAUGUCCGGGGUCAAGAUGGAAAACCAUAAACCACAUAAUACCAUCAGGGAAAACUCAAUUUUUGAUAUCAUAGCCAGAAAAAUUGAACUACUACCAGAAGCAGAAAGGAAUCUACUUGAACACGGAUCCAUAUAUGUUGGACUCAAUGCUGCUUUCUGUGGCCUAAUAGCAAACAGUCUUUUUCGGCGCGUCUUACAUGUGACACAGGCCCGAAUAGCUGCUGGUUUACCAAUGGCAGUGCUCCCAUUUCUGACAGCAAACGCAUCUUUCAAAGGUUUUGUAAGUUUACCUUUGAGUACAGGUGAACUGCAUUGUGAAACCUGUAUCGUGACACGGAGUGGACUUAUUGGUUUUGUCUUAGGAGGACUGUACCCUGUUUUCUUGGCUAUACCUGUAAAUGGUGGCCUAGCAGCCAGGUAUCAAUCAGCUCUGCUACCAGAGAAAGGAAAUACCUUAACUUACUGGAUUAGAAUUUCUAAGCCUAUCUUCAGAAGGAUGUUAUUUCCCAUUUUACUUCAGACUAUGUUUGCAGCAUACCUUGGGUCUAGACAAUAUAAAGUACUUAUAAAGGCCCUUCAGUUACCUGAACCUGGCCUAGAAAUUCACUGAUUUUAAGCAAAUGUGUAUACAAAAAUAAAAUUAUAAAGACAACCUAUAACUCUAAUGUUAAAAAUAAAGACUUAUAAUUUA